ACCAAACGUACCCAGGUAAUUUUUGCUAAUUUUGUUAUAACAUGUCAAAAAUUUAACCUACCUUUCAUUUUCUUUUCACUUUCGUAUUAAUAAUAAGUUCUAGUUUUUCUGAACAUUCAAUAAUUAAUCGCACACUAAUUAUAAAAUGCCAGAAAUGACAAAUUCCUAGUAAAUACAAUUAAUUUCCAACGGUCGUGACCGGUUGCCAUCAGGAUCGUGCAAUGUUCUCACACCAUUCCUUCAAGUUCUUCUAGAAAAGUCUCAAAUACUCAAGGUUCCAGAACAAAACUCGGGAACGAAACAACAAAUGGAGGUUACACAGAAAAAUUCAAAAUCUAAAAUUGAACCAGACAAAAAUAAAAUGACUUCAAUCACAAAUAGUGAAAGCACCAGUGGAAUAUCAUCAUCAUCAUCAUCAGAAGGAGUUAAAUCAACAGCAGUAGUUAAAUAUUCAGUUCCAAAACCUGCUAACUUCUUACAGCUCCAAUGCAAUACAGAUUUGAAGGUUCCACCAUCAAAUUGGCUCACAAAUUCCACAGAAUCCUAUGGAUUACAGCAUGUAUUAUACUCUCAUAAAGGCUUCUCAAGUUUCCGUAUGGCACAUAUGUUUCCCGACUGUGUCGGCGAAGUUGACGUCGUUUCCGAUUCGGAAAACAUCAAAAAUCUCUUGAAAAUUCCUUACAAUAAAGGCCACAUAGUCAGCAUGAUGGUACAUCGAGUAGAAAACACCUUACUACUCGAUGAUUUCGACAUGUACAAGCAUUUACUACGCACUGCCGAAUCCGAAUGGGAAUGGUUACGCAAAUUUUUCAAUGAAAAUGUAGAGAGUGACAUUCUCGACGAGGAGCGCAUGUUAUACAUCAAAAACAAGCGGCAGAAAGCGCUGAAACAAAAACAUCUGGUGUCGAAGUUCCUCUAUCAUAGUCUAGUGCAAGACGAUGCGACUGACGUUGAGGAAUUCAACGUGAAUCGACAACAAGUGCAAGGUCCAUCACUGCCUGAACCACCACCAGAUGAGGAAACACCAGAUUCAAAUAGUUUCGAACACAAAUACAACCGCAACGUGGUGUGGACUUUCGAAGACAUAGAAAUGUUCAUCGGCACUGAUAUGCCCAUAUUCGGCGGUGGAACACAUCCCUGUAUUUCUUUACGUUUGAGAGAUGAAAAACCAAUCAAUGUUUUGACCGGCAUUGAUUAUUGGCUGGAUAAUUUGAUGUCGAAUGUGCCUGAGGUUGUCAUGUGCUAUCAUUUGGAUGGCAUUGUGCAAAAAUACGAGCUGAUCAAGACUGAAGAUCUACCGAGUCUAAAGGAUUCGAAAUUCAACCCGGAAUUAAUCCGUGAUGUGGCACAGAGUAUUUUAUCGUUCUUGAAGAGUAACGCAACGAAAGCAGGACACACAUAUUGGUUAUUCAAAGGCAAAGAUGAAGAUGUAGUCAAGUUGUAUGAUUUAACAUCACUCUGCUCCAACGAUAAUGAUGAUUCUGAGCAAAAUCCAUUCACAGUACCUGUCGCUUUAUUACUAUAUCGUGUAGCGAGGAAUAUGAAACAUUCUCGUGAGUCUCGCCAACCUGGUACAAUUCGCAUGCUGUUGAAAAACUGUGUUAAACUGUUAGACGAAGAGAAAUAUCCGGAGAUUGUCACUUCUUCACAUUAUAUGCUUAGCGAUUUAUACGUGCCUGCGGAUACUAAUCCAGAAAAUCCAAAAUUAGACUCUCCGGAAGAUGAACUGUCAAACGAUGAUUUCUGGAAUUACAAUGGGCCAGAUGCGGAUACUUUUAAGAGUAAUUCAGAUGGAAAUCAAAAUGGCGAUCAAGAAGAAGAUAUAAAAACAUUAUCACUAUCGGACUCUUGUGCAAAAUUAGAAGAUUCUGAUAUAGGUUAUAAACAUCCACCACCGAUAGCUGGCAGUGUUGAAGAACGUAGUCUACAAGCAUUACUUCAUAUUCAGGCAGGAAUCAACUGCUUACAGUAUUUUAAAAUGGAUUUUGAAAAGGAGAAGCAAAUGAAUGAGGAAGCAAAUAUCAAAAUGGCGAAACAAGAUGAACCAAUCCCGAUGCCAUAUGAAAAAUUACAGGCGGAGGACACAAAUUCAGAUAGCAUUCGGAAGCAGAAAGAAGAAGAACCUCACAAACCAAAGAAAAAAGGCAAGAAAAAGAAAGUCGAAAAAGAUGCCUAUGAUGAACUCUGUGUUGGAAAUGCAAGUAAAUCUAAACAUGCUCUGCUUUUAAAAAAUGCAACCGAAGCUCAACCACUACCAACAUGGCAAGGACCUCCCAAAGGUCAAUUAUCCUGGAAGGAACAUCUUAAAACUUUAUUAUAUGAAAAAGCUGUAUUAGUUUAUGCUAUUCUCUCUGAAAACCACUACGGUGCGAAAAACUACGGCAGUAGUCUACGAUAUUUAGGUCUGCUUGUUCGCACCUUACAAGUCAUGUCCAAAUUAAAAUACUCCGUGUGUACAUUGAAGGAAAGCUGCAUUUUGGGACGCGGUGGUGAUUGUUGUGUCAUGAUUGCGCAGUCUUGGGACAAAGGCGAAGAAUACCGCAAUCAAUUCCAUACACACACCGACGAGGAUCUCAAAAUGCUGGAUAAAAUCGAAAAAGAUGAACAGAUAUUCAAUAUUCAGCUAGCUGAAUGCAGGACAAAGUGUGUAUUAAUCUACGAUAUUCGAACAAUCGAGCAAAUUCUGCUCAAAGCUGUCGAAUGUUAUGAGGAGGCUUUGAAGUUGUCAAACUCCGAAUGUUUGCUAAGAAGAUUGGCGAAUAGCCUCAACGAAGUUGGCUCGUUCUAUCUCAACAAAGCCAAGACGACCACCAAGGAAGACGCAGUGGUGGAGUUUUGUAAAAAGAGCGAACCCUAUUUGAAACGCUCCGUGGAGAUCUUCGAGCGGAUCAAAGAUGAUGCAAAUAUUGCUUUGGUCUACACGAAUAUCGGACACCUGCAUAGAUUACUCGCACAUGCAAGUACUCCGAAUGAACGCGGUGAACUUACCACAAAGGAGAAGUUUCACUACAACAAAGCGUUUGCUAAUUAUAACAAAGCGCUGCAAGUUAUUGGCGAGCGGAAGCAUUGUGCGAAUAUUUGGGAUGCAGUCAAGUGGGAAUUAUCGACGGCAUUGUUUACCAUGGCAACCAUUUUGCAUGAAAAUCCCUCUGGUGAUAAUAUUCAUGAAGCCGAGAAAGAAGUGAUUGAAGUGUUUCAACGCGCGUUGAAUGCCUGCGAUUUUGAUGAGAACAAUCCGAAAUAUCCUUUAUAUCAAUAUCGAGCUGCCACAAUAUAUUAUCGCCUUGGAAGUUUAUACCACAGACAUAUUUGGACUGUGGCUAACUGCAAUGAAGCCAAGCGCAAGAAUAUUAUUCAACUGUCAAAGCUCAACUAUGAGAAAGCAGCAAAAAUGUUUUUCCUAUCGAUGGAUUGUAUUAAUUAUCUCACUGCACAAAUGCAACGAUUUGCUUUGACUGAAUACAUAGCAGGAACUGCAAUUAAUGCUCAAAUGAAAUACAAGCAUCUACAACAAUGCCUGGAGAUUGUAAUCGAAAUCGGCGAGAUGAUCCAUCAAAUAGUCGAGCAGAAUGUGGACGUGCCCGCUGAAGACGUACGAGAUUUCGACGUGAAACGCAAGAAGAGCGCCGAAAAUUACAAAUCGUGCAGUUCGCUAUUGAUUCUGGUCAAGCAACGGCUGCAGCACGUGCUGAAGAAUUUGAUCAAAGUGUGCCUCCAGAAGCCGCCCAUUAACAAGGAGACGCCAAAGUUCGCGAAUCUUUAUAAGUUUUGUUACUCGGUCACUUUCAAUGUCGACAAGGAGGAAACAUUCUACGGCUUUGCGAAAACCCUCGAUGACACGCUGAAACACAUCGAUCAAUAUUUAAGCGCCCAUAAAUAGGCAACGCAAGAUGUAUUAUCAGUAAACAGGCGUUUCGAUUACUGUUUGCGUUUAUUUAUUCAUGCUUACUCUUUAAAACUGUGUUAAUGAUUAUCAAUUUUAUGUACUUACUUUGUUUUAUCGCCACUAUGAAUCAUCAUUAUAAUUAGUUUCUUGUUA